AAAAAAAACACCGAGCGGUUUGGGAGAAGGAAUGGGGCCGAAAAACGGCCUCUCUUGCCGGUACAGAACAUCCCCGGCUCCCCUCCAUCACUUUACCACGUGUGGCAAAUAACAGAAGCGGUGGGCGAGUCAGGCCAGGCUUGUGGAGGGAUCGAUUUGCCGGGACCGCUGAGGUAUGAUUGCAUCUGCCAGAGCGUGUGUGCAUAAAGCUGCCUACCUUUGGAAGAGAGUGAGAUUGCAUCCUUGGCUGCGUGUGAGAGAGUGAGAAAGAAGCAUGAAUGACACUACUGUUAUACUAAGAAAUUGGAAAAUUGCAACCUGAAUCUCCCCAGACCAAAGCAGAAUGCUGUAAAAGCAGCAUGGCUGAGGAUUGUGUUGGAUCUACCUACAGUGUGCUGUCAACAAUGCCUUCCGACUCAGAAAGUAGCAGCUCCCUCAGCAGUAUUGGUACAGGCACAUCUGGGAAAGCUGCUUCUCCUCCACCAAUACUCAUGGAUACCAGGCAGAUGAGUGAGAAGUUAGAAGCCAUAGUGUUCCAACUUCGACAGGUCACUCGUGAACGGGAUGAAUUACGCAAACAGCUAGCACUUUCUUCUCCUGGGUCUACAUUUGAUGAUUGCAGACCCAGUCCAAAGCCGAGCCAUGACUAUGAGAGACUGAAAAUGCAGUGCAUGAAAGCCAUGUCAGACCUGCAGUCUCUGCAGAACCAACACACAAAAACACUGAAAAAAUGUGAGGAGGCAGUCAAAGAAGCAGAUUUUUAUCACACAUUGCACAGUCGCCUGCGAAAUGAUCAGUCGCAACUCAAGGAAGAAAUGGAGGUCAUCAAGAGGGAGAACACUCAGUUGCUACGGGAACACAAUCAUGUCCAACAGACCUGUGAAGAGCUGAAGAGGCUCCAUGAGGAGGACCAGAAGGAGAUCACUGACCUACGCAGUCAGCAGCAGCAAGUUAUGAGGGAAAAUGGCUCAUCUGAGAUUCUAAAUAAAUUAUACGAUACUGCCAUGGACAAAUUAGAAGGCUUAAAGAAAGAUUAUGAUGCACUAAGAAAACGGUACAAUGAGAAGAUUGCCAAUCAUAACACUGACCUCAGCCGUCUAGAGCGGGUGGAAGAGGAGAAUCGGCGUUUUCAGAAACAGAAUGAGAUGUUGAUGAAGCAGACAGAUGCUGCUGUUGUGGAGAAAACAUCAAUUCAGCAACAGUAUUUAUCUACAUUGAAGAGGUAUGAUUCAAUACAGCACGAGUUAAGUAAAGCAACGGUACAGAACAAAGAGCUCCAGAGGGAAAUGGAACGGUUACAAACUGAAGUGACUCGAUACAAGACAUUACAGCUGAAAGCAGUAAAGGAUGCAGAGAAGUACAAGGAAGAGAGGGAUACAGUACUGAAUGAAUACCGCCUAGUCAUGAGUGAAAGAGACCAGGUACACAAAGAGAUUGACAAGCUACAGACCGAACUGGAAUUGGCACAGGGUCAUCUAAAGAACACCUCAUCAGAGAGAAAAGUGGCUGGUGAAGAACUUGAAGCUCUACGACAGGAGCUUCAUUCUGCGUUGGUAGAACGAGAUCAUGCUAUCUGUGAAAGGAAUGAACUGCUGGAGAAAUACUGCCAUGAAGUGAAGGACAAAGCAGAAGCUCAAAAGGAGCUUGAUCAGGCUUGUAAGGAUAUUGAGACUGUGAAAGAAGAGAGAGAUGUUGCUAGGAAGGAAAGAACAGAAGCUAUCAUCCAGAGAGAUCAGUUGCUGCGGGAGUACUACCAGGCCCGACAGUGUUUGAAUUUACAGAAACAAGAUUCAGCUACAUUGGAUAUGGAAAGGGCCAGUAAGGAAAUCGAGAUGCUUCGGAAGCAGUGUGAGGCAAUGUCCCAGGAACUGAAGGAAGGCAUACAGGAGGCAGAAGUAGCUAAACGUAGGCGAGACUGGGCAUUCCAAGAGCGAGAUAAGAUAGUUGCGGAAAGAGAAAGCAUACGAACUUUAUGUGAUAACUUACGGCGGGAAAGGGACAGAGCCGUGAGUGACCUGGCUGAAGCUCUUCGAGAUUUAGAUGAUAUGAUGAAACAGAAGAAUGAUGCUAUACGUGAACUGAAGGAACUGAAGGAGAAGAUGGAAAACCAGCUGGAGAAGGAGGCCCGGAUUCGUCAGCUUAUGGCUCAUAAUUCCCAUGAUUCUGCUAUCGACACAGAUUCCCUUGAAUGGGAGACUGAAGUAGUUGAAUUUGCAAAGGACAGGGAUGACAUGGAUUUGAAGGCUUUAGGUUUUGAUGUAGCUGGAGGGGUUGAUGAACCUUAUCUACCUGGAGACUCUGGGAUAUUUGUUAUUAAGGUAGAUAAAGGGAGUAUUGCAGAUGGAAGGUUAAGGGUGAAUGAUUGCUUGCUCAGGAUAAAUGAUGUAGACCUUACCAAUAAGGACAGAAAGCAUGUCAUUAAAGCCAUACUAAAUGGCGGAGGGGUCAUUAAUAUGAUAGUUCGAAGGAGAAAAUCCCUGGGAGGUAGAGCUAUUACUCCAGUUCAUAUCAACCUUGUGGGCCACAAAGACAUUGGAAUCAGCUUGGAGACUGGAGUAUAUGUAGCUACUGUUGCUCCUAGCAGCUCUGCUGCAAGAGAAGGAUCCUUAACAGUGGGAGACAGACUCAUUACAAUAAAUGGUAUUGCACUAGAAAACAAGUCACUGACAGAAUGUGAAGCUUUGUUGCGAAAUUGCAGGGAUUCUGUCAGUCUUUCACUGAUGAAGGUGGUUCCUCAGAGUUCCUCUUGGAGUGGACAGAAUAUACUUGAAACACUAAAGGAGUCUGAGAAAUCUGGUAACUGUAGGGUUCAUGAGUCAGAAGUACAGGUUCCUAAUACUCGAAACUUGAAACAUAACAGUUCAACACAGACUGAUAUUUUCAGUACAGACUCAAGCAUACUUGACAGCAAAAAUGAUAGAGCUGAUCAUGAAGAUGGCACUUAUUGUGAACACAAACAAUUUUCAAGCUGUCCCUUGCAGCCUACUACACAUAGGACAGCUGAACAUACUCGCCACAAUUAUUCUGACCACAAAGCUGGUCCUUUCAGUCCUGAGAUAUUUUCUGAUCGAGGCUAUGGGAUUGCGGAACACAAUAAAAGACGCUUCACCUUUGAUCCAACAGUUACGGAUUGUGUGGUGGUAGAGACUGAUGUGGAAAAAGGGCAUAAUUCUAAACACAGUGGCGGCACUUGGCCAAAAACAAUGGUGGAUGUUUCACCUUCUGAACCUGGGAAACUCUCCAUAUUCAAACUGCCAAAACAAAGGAAGCCCAUCUUUGAUCCUGAUACCUUCAAAAGGCCACAGACUCCUCCAAAGAUGGAUUACCUCUCUCCAACACAAAAACAGAUACAUUCUUCACAGUCCUCAAAGGGUGAAUCUGGUUCAACACCUCCCACACCUCCUAAGAGGAGUGAUUCAUUCAAAUUUAAACACAAACAACAAACUAGCUCUGCUUCAGACUCUACGAUAACUACUGGGUCACCUCCGACCAGCCCCACAGGGCCUCAAUCCCCUGUUCCCCUUGGAGUAAAACAGGAGACAACGCAUGAAACUCAUGAUAGAAAGGCUGGCCACUAUCAACCUACUCAGUACUUAGAGGGAAGUACUUUAAUGCCUCCAAGGACUUCUGAGGAGGCAGAAGGUAAUCAGAGAGUUGAGGAGGUAGAGCCUGUGAACCGACGUCGACCAAAAUCUGCUCCUGUUUUGAGACCGAGCAAACUUGCUCCCUUGAUCAUCUCUGGACUGUCCCCUCAGGAAAAUAUUGACCCUCAUUCACAGUAUGACAGUCAUGCAUCUUGCUCACCAAUUCUCAAAUACAACACAAGUGAAGAAUGUCUGUCUUUGGAACUACAUGAAUGGCACCGGUAUACACCAAAACGCUCACAUAUUCACAGUGGUGGCUAUGUGUCAACAGUCUAUAAUGGUGCAGCAACAGCAGGCAACGUGCAGAGAAACUUUGUGCCUUGUCCAGCCGUGACAGCGGUCCUGCGGAAUCCGAAUGUUCCUUUCUUCACCGUUCGCAGUCGCAUGGUCCACAGUGCCAACUAUCCCUCCGUGGCUAGUCAGAUGUGCUACCCCCAUCCACAGCAUAGUAGAACAAGGAACCAUUCACCAACUGAAAGCUUUAAUGGUUCUCCACGGACCCGGCAUAGGCCUCAGAGUGCAAUUUGCUUUCCAGAAUCUGUACAUGCCUUUGACAGUUUUAGCCCACAGCAUCAUGCACACCACAGCUUGGAUCUGACUGGCCCAGAUCACAAACACUCGAGUGAUUUGUCUGAGUCCCCCAGAAGCACAACACCACAUGGAACACAGUCUCUGCCUGCCAGUGCGCGUAUCGCAGGUUCAUCAAGCAGCCUGGCUUUUGCUCCAAGUAAAAGUGGACGGAUUCGAAUCCCUUCAAACACCCGAUAUCCCCGAUUGACAACAGGUUCUGACAGAGGUGGUAGAAAUCGAGGGCUUGGAAGGUGCUAUCGAAGGAGCUUUGGUUCAGAGCGUAGCAGCCCCAGUUUGAUUACACCCCCGCAGUCACCAAUGAAUCUGGAGACAUCUUCAUUUGGCAGCAGCCAAUCACAGAGUUCAAUUUCUUCUCUAACUAAGAUCUCCAUCAGUCCUGUAUCAACAGGAGAACACCGGAAAGACAGGUAUGAAUGGCCCUAUUUACAAGAACCCCGUCAUGUGACAGUACAGAAAGGAACUGAACCCCUUGGAAUUUCGAUAGUAAGUGGAGAAAAUGGAGGGAUAUUUGUUUCCAAAGUAAUUGGUGGAAGCAUCGCUCAUCAAGCAGGACUUGAAUAUGGUGACCAGUUACUUGAGUAUAAUGGCAUUAAUCUGAGGAAUGCCACUGAGCAACAGGCUCGAUUAAUUAUUGGACAGACAGAGCCAUGCGAGACUAUCACCAUCUUGGCACAAUAUAACCCACAUAUGUAUCAACUGGGUAACCACUCGCGUUCCAGUUCUCGACUGGAACCAAUAAGCAACCAUACGACUCCCCAGGGUAGUGGAGCAACAACCCCUGACAAUCACUCCAUAAUUGAUGCUGUGAGUGAACAAGAUGAAGGGACAAUAACCCCACCAUCAAAGCAAACCACCCCAACUACUAGCCCGCGUAACUCUCUCAGAAAGUCAAUUGAUUCAACCAAUCAAAUUCCUGAGCCAAGAUUUCUUUUCCUAAAGAAAACUCAGAUGGAAUUAGGGAUCCAAAUUUGUGGUGGAAAUUUGUUCGGAGUAUUUGUGGCAAAGGUGGAAGAUGACAGUCCAGCAAACAGCCCUGAUGGGCUGGUACCUGGGGAUAAGUUACUGGAGUACAAUGGCACUGAUAUGCGGAAUGUGACAGCUGAACAGGCCUAUGUCGAAAUGCUAAAACCUGCAGAGGCAAUCUCUGUGAAGGCUCAGUACAGAAUAGAGGAAUUCAACAAGGUCAGAGGUGAAGCCGGAGAUGGAUUCUAUAUCAGAGCACUUUAUGAUCGAGUUGCAGAAAUGGAACAUGAUUUGAGUUUUAAGAAGGAUGAUAUUCUUUACGUUGAUGACACUCUGCCGCAAGGAAAUUUUGGUUACUGGAUGGCCUGGCAAUUGGAUGAAAAUGCUCAGAAGUUGGAAAGAGGGCAAAUCCCCAGCAAAUACAUGAUGGAUCAGGAAUUUUGCAGAAGACAUAGUAUGUCAGAGGUCAAGGAUGAAAAUGGCUCGGUGAAGACUCUGUCAGCAGCGGCCCGAAGAUCAUUCUUUCGACGAAAGCAAAAACAUAAAAGGAAUAAUUCAAAAGAUGGAAAAGAGGUGUUGGCCCUUGAUGCCAUAAGCACUGAUUCUAUUCCUUUGUUGGAAGAUUGCGGAAGUUUGGCUUAUCAAAGAGUGCAGAAGAUAGAAUGCAUCUCGCCGAGGCCCGUGCUUAUCCUGGGACCAUUAGUGGAUGCUGUGAAGGACAUGUUGGUUAAAGAUUCCUCUGGAAAGUUCUGCAGAUGUCCACUAGAGGUUAUGAAGGCUUCCCAGCAGGCCAUUGAACGAGGAGUGGCAGACUAUCUCUUCAUUGAUUACAAGAGGAGGAGUGGCCAUUUUGAUGUCACAACUGUUGCCUCCAUUAAAGAAAUAACCGAGAAGGACUGCCACUGCUUGCUUGAUAUCGCACCACAUGCCAUUGAGCGUCUACACCGAAUUCACAUCUAUCCAAUUGUCAUAUUCAUACGGUACAAAAACUUGAAGCAAAUCAAAGAGCAAAAGGACCCGAUCUUUCUGCGGGAUAAAGGUACGCAAAAAAAACAUUCCAAGGAACAGUUUGAGGCUGCUCAGAAAAUUGAACAGGAGUACACUAAGUUUUUCACAGGUAUUGUCCAGGGAGGCAGCCUGCCCUACAUUUGCACCCAGAUCAUGACAAUUGUUGAUCAAGAACAAAACAAAGUCCUGUGGAUUCCAGCUGGAACUCUCUAGGACCCCACUUGGGCAGCUCAAACUGACAAAUGCACCUGUAAAGGUUCUGAAGCUGAUGAUUUCUGUAUUGAGUACACAUUAAAACAGUCUGCAGACUGCAGAUUAGACGGAAUGGGCAGUAUGCUGAAGAGAUUUAUAGUGAACCGAAAAAAAUCUCAGCCUGAUGGUGUUGGACAAACGCUGUUAAAUAGGCUACUACACAUUGUCCUGGCAUCUACUGUACUCCUGCAAUGUUAAAAAAUACCCUUCAAAUUGGAUAUAUUCAGGACUAAUUUUAAAAUAUAUAUAUAUUUUAUUCCACCUUCUCUUCCCCCUUCCUCCUAAAAUAGAAGUUGGAAAAAGUGAUGCUGCAACUAAAACUUAGAAACACACGUUUACAAGUAAUAUUUCCUGAGUAUUUGUUUUAAAUGUUUACUUGAAUGUUUAUAUCCUAUUUCUUUUUCUUUGUUUUUUGGAUAAAGCAACUCUUCUGAAUGGGGUGAAGUUUGUGCACGUGUACGGACUUGUUUACCUGGUUACAUGAUAGUGCCCUGUGAUUCUACUGGCAGGUUAAACCUAAUAAAAUUGGUGUAGAGUGAUCAUGUAGUUGGGAAAAGGUAUUGUGAUUGGUACUGUUUGGAGUGAAUUCUGAUUUUUUGUGCACUCCUGUAAAGGGCAGACCACUGCAUUUUUGUUUUCUUUUUGUCUGUCGAAGAUAUAUUUUUCUGCAUGGAUCUUGAUAUUUAAACAACAUAAUGUAUCUGAUCAUAUUGUAUAAACUAAUACAUUAAUUGUUGGGCCUAAUGAUAUGUAGCAAGGGGUAAUGAGCUAUUAGCUAGGCCUGGCAUGCUGAUAUGACACUUUCUAAAAGCUGUAAAUAUUGAAGAAACUCGUCUUGGUGCAAUUUUGCAGUAUAUGUUGAGCAGUUUUUUUUUAAAGAAAAGUAAAAUUCAGAGUGUGUAGCGAGUCAGAUAGAUUUAUUUAACUUUGAAAAAUGAUUUCCCUUGCUUGGAGGUUUGUCUAAGUAAAUGUAGUAAUGAGGCACAGUAAAUAAUUGUAGUGUUGCCACUGUUUGGAAAUUGGUCAUUGAAUCUGCAAUGCAAUGCUUAUGUUAUGUUUUUCUCCUCCUACCACCAAACCCUGCCCCUCCCCUCCCCCCACCCCACACCCCCAUAUAUUGUGCCAAAUUGUCAACAUUUAUGUCCUCUGUUUUCACGUUGCACUUGUGAAUCCUGUGUGCCUAACACGGGAUUGCUUUUGGUCCUCCAGUUUGUGUCAUGUUUUUGAAGUAGUCCUCUACUGUACCUACACACUUCAAUGCAACUGAAUCAUUAAAGAAACACAAUUUCCUUACAUUUCACUAAUUGCCUGGUGCAUGAUAGCCUUUCAUACAUUCAACGAAAUUGCUUAUUUUUGCAUUCUAUGAUGAAAAGGGAUGUUUUCUUGCAUACUGUUUCAAAGAGCAAAAAAUUGUUCUAAGUUUUAACAAUUCGAUUUUUAAAAAUUGUAGUUAAAUUAGAAUUAAGGUCGAAAGUAGCAUUUGGUCAGGUCAUUCAUUUGAUUUCACAUUCUGCAGACAUGUAGAACAAUUUGGUUAUUUCUGUAAUAGCUUGAACUAGCAGUGAGGAAGCUUCCCUUUUACAUUCAAAGUAUCCGGUCAUACUGUUGGAAUUUUUGUUUUGGCUCAAUAUGAAAAUCCAAACCCACUGAUCUGUUGACUUGCUCCCUACACACCUACUGCCAGUGUAAGUUGUUGCAGGGCACAGUCAAAGUGUGACAGAGAUGGUACAGAGCAAACAGGUACUGAUGUUUUUUUCCUCUGUGCUGAAAGAAGAAUGUUACUUUGUAUCAAAUGUAAAGCAAUUGAUUAGUACAAGAAUAAAGGUCAAUUUCUGAUAUU